AUGAUUCACGAUGCCCUGUUAAUGCUUUGGGAUUGUUCUCAAACAUCGGAAGGCAUUCAACAAGAGCCGACUACUUACGGAAAUGAUGGCGAUGCUGCAAUAUACAAGCGCAUUUACGGAAUCGCAAAAAGUCACCACAAAAUUCAAAACUUUAUUAUUGGAACUGGUUUUGUGUCUCGACAAUUACAUGCAGCAUCUGGACACAGAACAUUUGGUUUAUAUGGACAAGCAGUCAGUGAAGGCAUAUCAGAAAUUUUGCAAUCAUAUAAAAAAACUCUAAUGGAUGUAGAACAUCUAGUCAUUGCAAACAAGAAUUACACUUUGGCAUUUGUGUAUAGCUAUGUUGAGAAGUAUCAGGGUCUGUUUAAUACAUUAAAUAGAAUAAUAGCUACUCUUAAAGAAAGAAGAUUAAUGGGUUGCCAGAUAUUAGGCCUCCUUCAUCAGUAUAUAUUGAGUGGCAAUGAAAUGGUUCAUGAUGCUAUUGUAAAAAUAUUUUCUAACAUAAAUGCUGUAUUUAUUAACCAAUUGUGCACUUGGUUGCUUUACGGAGAACUAAGGGAUCCUUAUGAAGAAUUCUUUAUAUAUACUGUUAAAAAGAAUGAUUCAUCUGAUACAUUUGCAUCGUGUCCAUCAACCACUACUACUAAUGACAAAUCCUUAGUUUCUACACUUCAGCAAACACCGUUAGAUUGUGGAUAUAAUUUGAAUGCAACAAUGAUACCAUACUUCAUUCCAUUAUCAUUGGCACAGGAGAUUUUAUUUGUUGGAAAAACCAUAAUUUUGUUUGGAUUUGACCCCAAAAAAGUCAAGAAAAAUAAUAGCUUCUCAGCAAAUAGAGCUAUGUUGCCGCUACAGAAAAUAAAUAUUGAAUCUAGAAGGUUCACAAUUUGGGAAGAAAAGGAAGCCGAAUUUCACGAAAAACUUCAGAAACUUAAGAAUCCCGAAGAAUUUGAAGUUUGUCAUUUAAAGAAUGUUAUAAGAGACAUCAAAGAGUGUGUCACUAAGCAUCUCUGGACGGUGGCAGUUGAAGAGGCUCGGCUGCUUCACGAGCUCCGCCUCAUGAAGGACUUUUAUUUGCUGGGUCGGGGUGAACUCUUCUUAGAAUUACUACGGCUAACGUCGCACAUUCUAGAUAAACCCACGACAAGGACAUCUACCAGAGACAUGAACCAAGCGUUUCAACUAGCAGCAAGAGCGGUCUUCCUGAGCAGCAGUGCUGAUAUAGAAAAGUUCAGCUUCGAGCUGCCAUAUGUCAAGCCGAAUGUUUCAGGAAACUCUUCACUCGAAGACGAUAGCUGUUCAGAAGCAGAUGGCUGGUCAUCUAUUAUAUUGAAGUACGACUUUAAAUGGCCCCUACAUCUACUAUUCGCUCCGGAGGUGUUAGCGAGGUACAAUGAUAUGUUUCGCUUGCUGCUACGGAUCAAGAAGACUCAGCACGAUUUACACGCUCUAUGGAAGACGUACAAACAUUCGACUAGGUUGGUAUUGUCGUUUUAA